AUGAAAAUUUUCUACAAGAUUUUCUCUCCUCUACUCUUCAUCAAAUUUUUUCUUUUCGUAUUGUUUAUUAAUAAUGCUAGAACAAAUGCAACUCGCUUUCAUAUAUCAACACCUCAGAAAAUUUUGCCACUUGAAAAUUUUAAUCGUGUUAUAAGAGAAAACUCCAUCGAUUUUGAAAGAGAGAGAAACCAUUAUUCGUUGCAAUUUGGUAAUGUUGACGGUAUUUCAAAACCACCCCCUUCAGGUCCUAGCAAAGGUCAUAACCCUAUCCUUUUAGAUAAUGUUGACGGUAUUUCAAAACCACCCACAUCAGGCCCUAGUAAAAGUCAUAACCCUGUCCUUCUUGGUAACGUUGACAGUAUUUCAAAACCACCUCCAUCGGGUCCUAGCAAAGGUCAUAACCCUAUCCUCUUUGAUAAUGUUGAUGGUAUUUCAAAACCACCUCCAUCAGGUCCUAGCAAAGGUCAUAACCCUAUCCUUUUGGGUAAUGUUGAAGGUAUUUCAAAACCACCCCCAUCAGGUGCUAGCAAACGUCAUAACCCUACCCUAUUGGGUAAUGUUGAUGGUAUUUCAAAACCACCUCCAUCAGGUCCUAGCAAACGUCAUAACCCUAUCCUCUUUGGUAAUGUUGAUGGUAUUUCAAAACCACCUCCAUCAGGUCCUAGCAAAGGUCAUAACCCUAUCCUCUUUGGAAAUGUUGAUGGUAUUUCAAAACCACCUCCAUCAGGUCCUAGCAAAGGUCAUAACCCUAUCCUCUUGGGUAAUGUUGAAGGUAUUUCAAAACCAGCCCCAUCAGGUGCUAGCAAACGUCAUAACCCUACCCUCUUUGGUAAUGUUGAUGGUAUUUUAAAACCACCUCCAUCAGGUCCUAGCAAAGGUCAUAACCCUAUCCUCUUUGGUAAUGUUGAUGGUAUUUCAAAACCACCUCCAUCAGGUCCUAGCAAAGGUCAUAACCCUACCCUCUUUGGUAAUGUUGAUGGUAUUUCAAAACCACCUCCAUCAGGUCCUAGCAAAGGUCAUAACCCUAUCCUCUUUGGUAAUGUUGAUGGUAUUUCAAAACCACCUCCAUCUGGUCCUAGCAAAGGUCAUAACCCUAUCCUCUUGGGUAAUGUUGAAGGUAUUUCAAAACCACCCCCAUCAGGUGCUAGCAAACGUCAUAACCCUAUCCACUAUGUUAAUGUUGACCGUAUUUUAAAACCACCGCCAUCAGGUCCUAGCAAAGGUCAUAAUAAUAUCCUUUCAGAUAAUCUUGACGGUAUUUCAAAACCACCUCCAUCAGGUCCUAGCAAAGGUCAUAACCCUAUCCUCUUUGGUAAUGUUGAUGGUAUUUCAAAACCACCUCCAUCAGGUCCUAGCAAAGGUCAUAACCCUGUCCUCUUGGGUAAUGUUGAAGGUAUUUCAAAACCACCCCCAUCAGGUCCUAGCAAAGGUCAUAACCCUAUCCUCUUUGUUAAUGUUGACGGUAUUUCAAAACCACCUUCAUCAGGUCCUAGCAAAGGUCAUAACCCUCUCCUCCCGGAUAAUGCUGAAGGUAUUUCAAAAGCACCCCAAUCAGUUCCUAGCAAAGGUCAUAACCAUAUCCUUCCUACAAAGGUUUAUACAUGA